AUGGGCAAUCGAAUUUCAGCCGUAGAGGGAUUUUUGAUCGAGCUGUAUGAUCUUAAACAUCUCAAUUCACGAGCGGUUGAGGAUCUCGAGAGAUCUGUCGAGCUUCGGAGACAGGCCCUCUCUGCGAUCGACGAUGACCCAGAAGGGGACAAAUCAGCUACAGUCAAGAGUGAACAGGAGUUUGCCAAGUCAGCUCGGCAGUGGAAGCUGGCGAUAACAGUUGAUGAACUCUUUGUUGAAAGGAGAGAUGUGCGAGACCUGCAGGAAGCGAUAGAUAUGACCAGACAAUCAGUUGCUGCUAUUGGAGAAGAUGACCCUGAGUGGUUGGUUCGGACACGCUUCCUUUUCCUCCGGUUACAUGCGCUUUAUCUUGAAACAGGCGAAAUACAGGAUCUUGAAGAAUCCAUCACUUUCGGCACAGACUUUCUUGAGAAGGCUGGACCAGACCAUGCUGACUGGUCUACUCAACUCAAUAACGUCUCUGCCGCUUUGACUGCGCUGUACGAGAGAACCGCGAGCUCGGUCUAUCUGGACGAAGCUAUUAGAUAUGGGAGGGAGAGCCUGGAAGUCGCGUCCAAGGAUGAGCCGGGGCUAGGACUGGCGCUGAGUAAUAUGACGACGGCGCUCUCUUUACGGUCCAGACUAAGUGGCUCACUGGAAGAUCUUGAUGAAGCCAUCUAUUAUGCUAGGUUGUCUGUCGAGGCAACCCCUGAAGACGAGCCUACCCGACACAUUCAGUUCAACAAUCUUGCAUCUGUGUUGCUCAAGAAGUACACUCGCAGCUAUGGCGACGUGGCCAUGUUGAACGAGACAAUUGAGAUGUCUAGAAAGGCUGUUGCAGGUGUUCCGGAAGAUCAUCCAGACUUCAAUACAUAUCGGAAACGGCUUGCGUCGGCCCUUGACUAUCGUCACACUGCACUUAGGUCAGCGCAGGAUAUGGAGGAGAGUAUCAAGAUUAGUAGAGAAGUCGCUAAAGCCGCUGUCGAUGAAUACACUGGACGAACCUUCGCCACAACAACUCUCGCUGCACUACUGCGGAAGCAGAUCAACAGCGGAGAAGGGUCUGUAAAUGAUGUGGAUGAAGCCAUCGAGCUUACACAGAAGGCGCUGAGUUUGACUCCUGAAGAUUCCCCAACUCGGACACAGCAUUGGUCCACCAUAGGCAAUCUAUUUAUUAGCAGAUAUACUCUACUACGAAUCGAAGAAGAUAUGGAGCAAGCGGCCGAGAACUUUCGAUUAGCGGUAGCACAUCCCGCAGGGGAACCACUACGACGCAUCGCAGCUGCAACAGAGAUAGUACCGCUGUGCCCAAAGUACAAACAGGCCUAUGACAUAGGACGCACGGCCUUAGAUAUGGUUCCAAUACUUGCAGCAGUUCGUUCGCUUGAGACAGCUGACCGGCAGUAUCGGUUGACCCAUGCAGCCGGUCUUGCGGCCAAUACAGCGGGCGCAGCACUGAGGAUAGGCAAACAGUCGUCGGAAGCCCUAACAAUCCUGGAGCAGGGACGUGGAUUGCUGGCUUCAUCUCUGGAUGAGAUUCGCACAGACAUUAGGGAGCUCCGUGAUAUGUUUCACGAUUUAGCAGAGGAAUUUGUUCGACUUCGAAACGAGCUCGACUCUUCGACUGGUUCAACUGCCACCGAGGAAGACCCAUCUACGCACGGGGUUCAAGGGCGUAGACGGCGCGAUGCUGGUAGAGCUUACGACGAACUGCUGGCCCAGAUCCAGGAGAAACCCGGCUUCGAAGACUUCCUAGGUCCACUGACUACUAACCAAAUGCUUUCAUCUGCAGAAUAUGGCCCGGUUGUAGUGCUCAACAGCAGCUGGAUGGGUGUGGACGCUAUCAUUAUACAGGAAGAUCAACUCACGUCACUCGUUUUUCCAGCGGUAAAAGACUUUCAAACACUUCAGUUUAUGCCCGAACACGAAUACGGAAGUGUGGAAGCGCUCAGGAUUCUUUGGAACGCGUUUAUAAGUGGAAUAUUAGACCACCUGGGCUUCACGGAGACGCCAGCAGAUGGGCAGGAUUGGCCUCAUGUCUGGUGGAUUCCUACCGGUCCGUUGAGCAUACUUCCCAUUCAUGCGGCAGGGCUACACUUGGAGCGAUCUGGGAAGACGGUGAUGGAUAGGGUGAUAUCUUCCUAUGCGCCGUCUGUCAAAGCAUUAGCUCAUGGACGUCGUCGUCAGAAUACCCGAAGUUGUUCUACCCAAGCUCUUCUGGUGGCCAUGGAAAGGACUCAGAAUCAGACUCCUCUCCCAAAGGCUAAAGAGGAAGUCGAUUUGGUCAGCAAGAUCUGCGAGAGUAUGAGCGUGACCCCUGUAAUUGCCGGGUCGGACAAAAAGGAAGCACUCGAGCACUUGCGAAGCAGCAAGAUAUUCCACUUCGCAGGGCACGGCUAUACAAACAGAAGUAACCCGUCUAAAAGUCACUUGUGCUUCAGCAACGCUAGCGAUCCUCUAACAGUCGCAAACCUUCUCGAGCUGAACCUACACGAGGAGUCACCAUUCCUGGCGUAUCUAUCAGCAUGCAGUACCGGGCGUGUCCAAGAUGAGCAAUUUAUCGACGAAAGCAUCCACUUGAUUAGUGCUUGCCAAUUGGCUGGGUUUCGGCAUAUCAUCGGAACACUUUGGAAGGUCCAGGAUGAGCAUUGUGUUGACGUCGCGCGUAUCACGUAUGAGACUAUCAUCGAAGGUGACAUGUCUGACGACUCAGUAUGUCGGGGGUUGCAUAGGGCUACGAGAGCGAUGAGGGAUGUUUGGUUGGAUGGUAUGCAAGAGGCUGACAACUCGACACAGCGUGGAGAGGAUAGGGGAGCAAGAGAUAUUAUAGCCUGCGAGGACGACCAGGCAGCUCCUGCUUACUGGGUUCCUUAUAUUCAUCUCGGCAUAUGA